ACCAGCUCCCAGUUUGUUAGGGAGGAGGGGAAGUAUAUUUCAGUCCCCUGAGAUUGCUGUCUUGCUUGCUUUUUCUUUUUCUUUUUUUUUUUUUUUUGGUGAGACAAAUUCUCUCCCACCCUUAUUUUACAAAACAUCAGAGUGAUGGAUUCUUCUCUGAAAGACUUGAUCUAACAACGCUGUGUGGGAGGAUCUAGCUCCCCAGUCCUGUGUCUGACCCCGGCUGGGGGCUGGUGUAGAUCAGAGUGGGUGAUUUGUUCUGUUUCUUUUCCUGAUGCUGUUCUGCACAUAAAAGGAGGAGAAGCUCCCGAAGAGGCAUGGCAUGAACUGGAAGCAGCCGCUGGAGGUCUCCAGACAGGCACCCGGGAGGGAGAACUGCCCUCUAACCUCUCCCCAUUGUGUUCCAGAGUGACCAUAGAAGAUGUCGAACCAGAGUACUGGUGACACCAAGCCCCCAUGUUUACCCCGGAAUGGAUUGGUGAAGAUCCCCAAUCAGCCCAAUGGACUUGGCUCUGCCAGCAUCACCAAAGGGACACCAGCAGUGAAAAACCGGCUGUGCCAGCCUUCUUCUGUGCCUGCUAUCAUCAGCCCAGCCUUAUCCAAUCACAGUGACCUUCCCAUACCCAGUCUGGCAUCACCACUGUCCUUGGCAACUCUGGCAGGGGUGCCGUCCCCUUCCAGCACCUCCAUGGUGGGACUGAACUUGAGUGAGGCCUCCCCGACAAAUGAGCACCCCUCUCCAGAGAGGCACCCUGGCUCCCCCAUGGAAAGGCAGCUUGCUGUGGAUGAGAAGAUCCUCAACCGCUUAUUCUGGUACUUUUCAGCCUGUGAGAAAUGUGUCCUGGCCCAGGUGUGUAAGGUGUGGAGGCGGGUCCUGUACCAGUCCAAGUUCUGGGUAGGCCUGACACCAGUGCUGCACACCAAAGAGCUCUACAACACCCUGCCCAGCAGUGAGAAAGAGUUUGUUAACCUCCAGGGCUUUGCUGUACGAGGCUUUGACAGCUUUUGUCUGGUGGGAGUCUCGGACCUGGACAUUUGUGAGUUCAUUGACAACUACCCUCUGUCCAAGAAAGGGGUGAAGUCCAUGAGCCUUAAGAGAUCGACCAUCACAGACGCAGGGCUCGAGGUUAUGCUGGAGCAGAUGCAGGGCGUGGUGCGCCUGGAGCUCUCUGGCUGUAAUGACUUCACAGAAGCCGGCCUGUGGUCAAGCCUGAACGCUCGCAUCACCUCAUUGAGUGUCAGCGACUGCAUCAAUGUGGCUGACGAUGCCAUAGCUGCCAUCUCCCAGCUGCUGCCCAACCUGACUGAGCUCAAUCUGCAGGCCUACCAUGUGACAGACACAGCCUUGGCCUACUUCACUGCCAAGCAGGGCUACACCACCCACACCCUGCGCCUCAGCUCCUGCUGGGAGAUCACCAACCAUGGAGUGGUCAACAUGGUGCACAGCCUGCCCAACCUGAGUGUGCUGAGCCUCUCUGGCUGUUCCAAGGUGACUGAUGAUGGGGUGGAGCUCGUGGCUGAGAACCUGCGGAAGCUGAGGAGCUUGGACCUGUCAUGGUGCCCUCGGAUCACUGACAUGGCCCUGGAGUAUAUCGCCUGUGACCUGCAUAAACUGGAGGAGCUCGUGCUUGACAGGUGUGUGCGGAUUACAGACACUGGACUCAGUUACUUAUCCACCAUGUCAUCCCUUAGAAGCCUGUACCUCCGCUGGUGCUGCCAGGUACAAGACUUCGGCCUGAAGCAUCUCCUGGGCAUGAGAAGUUUGCGCCUGUUAUCUCUUGCUGGCUGCCCGUUGCUCACCACCACUGGGCUCUCAGGCCUUGUCCAACUUCAAGACCUGGAGGAGCUGGAGCUGACCAACUGUCCUGGCGCCACACCCGAGCUGUUCAAGUAUUUCUCCCAGCACCUGCCACACUGCAUGGUCAUCGAAUAAGCAGCCCUAGGGAUUGGCCAACCUUUGGAGCUGUCCCCUUCAAUCCCAACCCAACACUGAUCAACCAACCAGAGUUAUCAUUUCGUUUUAAUUUUAUGUUUUGGGAGAGAUGUUGAUUUAAACCACCCACCAUGUGUACAGCAAUCAGGAGUUAGUUAAUCACAUCAAUGCAUUGGAUGAGGACACUUAGAGAGAGGGAUAUAUGCUGUCUCCAUACAGAUGGGCAUCCACCUGUUCCAUAAGACACAAUCUCCUGCAAGAAUGUCUCUGGAAAGUUUGUAAAUUUUCCACACCAUCAGUCAUCUUCUUUGUAAUAGUCUGCCCUGAAAAAAAAAUUAUUUAAAAAUUACAGCUAAACAAAAUACCAACGACAAACGAGCAAACAAAACAAAGUGAAUAAAUGACCAUGAUUGGAGAGUUGGGGCAGGUUGGCACAGUUUCACGUCCUGUGUAGUGUCCCUCCUCAAUGCUGGAUCCCAUGUGGUUUCUGCCCAAUGUCUCAUGCCACAGCAUUUAGAAGUCCUUUCUGAGACCCCCACAUUUCUGUGGGGCUUGGUGGUGAGUCUGGGGGAGGGGCCUAAUUGGAGCCCCUCCCCAUUCUGGAUGGUUGAAACCAGUGUUUCCAUCAUGGCAUAUGUUGGCAGGAGCUGAGCCAGAAAGCUAAGAAGAGAAGAGGAGAAUCCUGAGGGACAGAGAGACUUGAAGGAGAAAGGAUAAAAUUCCUGAUGCCGUGUGCUUGCUCUGUCUCUUAAUUACUUCAGCGGGACACUGCAGGGUCUGCCACGCUGGAGAUAUUUUAAAAAAUAAACUGACCAACGCUGUGAAAGAGAAGCACGGGGCCUGUUCUGAGGCUUUUGGCAGGCCGGGUGCCUUCUGCUUCAGAAGAUGGAGCUGAUAUGUUGACCGUGAUUGUAUUGUUUUCACUGAAAGUACGGAUCCGUGAGCAAAUUUCCUGAGACACAAACAAACCCACCUCCCCACCCAAUCCUCUGAAAACCCAGUAACCCCAAGGUCACAUGAUCUUGGGUAGACGGUUGCCUACUGCUGUUUUCAUUUUGUUAAUAAGAUGUUCUUCUCAGAACAGCCUGCAGCCUUUGCAUGCUAGCUUGCUUCAGUCUUGUGGUAAGGUAGGUUCUGGAAUGUGCAGGGGCUGGGAGGGCCUAUAGAGCAGCCCUCUGCCCAGCUCCAGUUCUCUUCCAGUGUGAAGCUGGUGUGGCUUUGUAUCCAAUCCACAUACAUUUAUUGGAGUACAGGUUUAACUGUGGUAGCUGGGAGCCUAGAGUAGCUCCCCCUCCUCCACCAGCCUGAGCCUCCUUCAACUAUCUCUCUUCUAGAGCUGGAGGCUGGAGGCUGUAGAAGGGGUGACAAAGCUAUGGCAUCCUACUGGGCUUGAUUUGUGUGGCAGUAUGCCUUAUGCCUGGCAGCAUCUUUCCCCAGGCCCAGCUUGAGGCCAGCUCACUUCUAGGACAGAGGGAAGGCAGGCAGCAUGUCAGUCAGACCAGUCUGGGAUCCUACUAGGGCCUUUGGGCCCUAAACUGUGGGGUAUGCCCCCCGGAGGGUGCGUAGGAACAUCUGGGGGAUGCGGCAGGGCCACUUAGCUCUGCUCUGGCCCCAGCUCAUCUCUGGCCCUACGCAACCCCAGCCCCAGUUGCAGCCCCCAGCCCUAGCUUAGGGUUGCCAGGGUAUUCACAGUAACCAGCCUCUGCCACUGAGGGGGGCAGGAAGAGCAGCAGCUGCUGCUGGAGUCUGGAGGAGCACUCAGCAACUGAUCCAUCCAAGAGAGGUUCACCCUUGGAGCGUGGCUUCCCCUCCUCUGUCCUGCCCCACUCACCCCUCCAACCCCGGAGCGUGGCUCUCUCUCCCCUGUUCUGCCCCACUCAUUCCCCACCCGUGGAACAUCGCUCCUCCCAUGUCCUGCCUCACUCACCCCAUCUCUGGGGGCCCUGCACCGAGUAAGGAGGAGGAGGUACUUUAAAAAAGUUUCGGGACCACUGUACUAGGAUCACCACCUUUUCAAAAUGCAAAAAUGGAACACAUGCAGGAGUCAUGCCCUCUUCUGUGGCCCCAGCCCCUGCUCCUCCUCUUCCCGCUGAGGUCCAAUCCCCUGGGCAGGCCAGAAGCCAGAGCCAGGCAGGGGUCAGAAGAGACACCCAGGGAACCAGGGCUGCUGUGGGGAGCCCUGGGCCUGUGUCACCACCCCCUUGGGGCAUGCUGUCCAGGACAGGUAGAAGGUCUGGGGCUCCCUGCAGCAGCUCAGACUCCCUGGCUGGCUCUUACUACUGCCCAUUAGUAGAGCCUUGGGGGGGAAGAGGAGGAGCAGGAGCAGGACCUCAUGGUGGGAUGGGGCUAAGAUCCAUCUCAGCCCCCUGGGAAGAGGCUGGCACUGCCCCUUGAACCUCAGGCAGGGGCAGAGCAGCCCUGCUGGGAAUCCAGGACAAAUGUUGUCCUGGAGUCAUUCAGCCCAGAACCGAGUCUUGAACUCUGCAUUUCACAGCUGUACUGCCCAAUUCAGCACAGGAGGGUCACCCUAGGUCCUAGCUUUCCUCUUCUUGCUACUCUGCCCUCCAGACCACUUGUGGUUCCAAAGGAGAGGCUUUCCCAUGCUGUUCUCAGGUAGCUACCACUUUGACCAGCUGGGCCUUGGCUCCAAGGAGCCCUUUACAUCUCCCUGUAGCCUACUCACCAUCAUAAGCAGCCAGCAGGAUCCCCUGCCCCCGAUCCAUCAGGAGGUGCCCAGGGCUCCAGUGCCUGAGCAGCAUCUGGGUGCUUGGACAGUGUCCCCUGUGCUGCAGUCAGGUCCCAAUCCAGGAGGGGCUGGGGGACCUGAGAGAGGAAAGAAUGUCUGAGCUGUACUGUCUGCAGCCCAAACCAGCUCUUAUCAGCUGGGCUUUUUAGUCUUCUGGGGAUGAAAUCUCUUUUGUUUGGGGGGAAGUGAGGGCCAAGGAGAUCCAUCAGCUUGUGGGGAGCCAGGCUCUCUUCCCAUCACUGCUCAUUCCAGUGCCAGUGCAUUUCUGCUCCAGUUGCUGCUUGCAGUGAGGUUAGAGGAAGCCCACUCCCAGCUUCACGUACUUGCACACAUCCCAUCCUGUGCAAGUCCCCCAACAGAUUGAGUUUAUGAUUUUGGAGGGAUGCCCCCUCCUCCUUGAUCAGUUACUGUCUGGGCCUCCCCUCUCCUCCAGGAAGGAAAUCGAUGGCAAUGCAGCCAGUUGGGUGGAGCUCCUGGGCUGGAGAGAGGAACAGGUUGUUUUCUAGGGAUGGGUGAGGGAGCACGUGAUGAAGAGAUUGGGAUUCUGUAGGGGUGGUGUCAGGAGAGUCACUCAUUCAUACCCUGUAGCUAACUCACAGUCCAUGGGUGCCUUGACAGUCUCCUGUCCCAUUGUAAUCAAAAGCCAGAGCACAUCCAUCUCUUGUGGUGUGGAGAAAUGGAGUUUGCAAUGCAGGAGAAGCAGCCCCAGGACCUAAUGCCAGUGUAGCUAUUCCAGCAUCUAAAGCCAUCUCCCAGACACCAGCACAAAAAGGCCAGGCAGUGACUGCUCUGUGUCUCUUCUCCCAAGUCCUCCCAGCAUUGUCAGCACUUACUACACUGCUUCAUGCCUGACCUCAGCCUGGGGUGGCCUGAAGGAAAAGGUGCUGACCACAGCAGUUGUUUGAAGGUUCCCAUGAUGAGACACUGUCAAUUCCAAGCUCAGUUGCUUCUUCUCAGGCUGGCAGGACCAGGAGCUCUCUAGGAGGCAGCACAUACAGCCUAAGAAGGGAAGAAGUGCCUUGCAUUGCUCAGCAACAAUCUUACCUGUUGCUGUUAGAAGCUCUUGUAUUGCACCAUAAAUGGACAUGGCACUUGCAGACUAGAUCGGGUUCCUGCCCUAAGGUCCUUACAGUCUAGCAGUUAAUAGGUGCCCUGGUUUGAGUAUGGGGCAGUAGGUAACAGCUGCUGAUUAGAUGAAGCCAGGAUGUAAGUGGAAGGGGUUGUCAUGGAGUCUUUAUUACUAGCUGGAAUUAGUGCCCCUGGACUCUAUGCUGUCUCUGUGACAUCCACUGCCACUCCCAACAUGCAUUUGGUACCAGAAACUGCAGCAGGCAGGGUGGCCUGGAUCCCAAACCACUGGGCUUUCCCAUGUGCUGAACAAAGCCAGGAAACUCUCUGCAGAUGCCACAAAGGUUUGGGGCCCCCUUCCCAAUUCUGAAAUACUCCCCUUUUCUCUCCCAUAGCCUCAAUCCAGCCCCUAGCUCCUGACCAGUUCUUUUCCAGCCCAACCCAGCCCCCUACCAUACAGCUCCUGCCUAGCUCUCCCUUAACCCCAAUCUAGUCCUCCUACCUCCCAACUCCCUCAUGGUCCCUUACAGGCCCCCAGCUCCCUCCACAGUCCCCCUCAUUCCCCUCCAUGCUGAUCCAGCCCCACCAGUUCUUCCUCCAUCCUCCUUCAAUCCAGCCCUCAGUUUCCCCAGCUCUGAUCCAAUGACUCCUCCAGGCCCUUUUAGCUUCCCUGCUGCCCCCCACUUCUAUGAUAUGCCCCCACAAGCCCCCUCCAGCUCCUCUCUUGGUCCCUUCCAGCUCUGUUCCAACUCCCCUCUAUCCCCCAGCUCUGAGCCAGAUCCCCUAAGCUCCAUUCUGACACCUCCCUUUUCAACAUUUGCAAUCCAGCCCCCUAGCUCCACCCAGUUCCUACACAGCCCUUUUAGCUCCCCCUUCCCAGUUCCCCCCAACUUUCCAGCCCUGUGCAAAACAGCUGAUGCUUUUACCUUGUGCAGCAUGAAGAGUAGGGACAGUGCAUUACCCAUCUCCAUCCCCCACACUACAAUUCCCUCAUGUCUUCUCCACACAUCCCUCCUGGCUUCUCCCACCUGGAUCCCAGGGUUGUUCUGGUCGGAGGGGCUACCCCCUUUCCCCAGGUAGGAGGCAGCAGCCUCACUCUGCCCCAGCAGCCCCUUUACUUGUGGCCACGUAAUCUUUUGGGCCCUGGUGCAACUGCAUGACUUGCACCAUUGUAUUUACUCAACUGUUCUGCAGGUGGCCCUUGAAAAAUGUGUUGGAAAACUAAAGAAACACUUGCCUGGUGUGGAUGUGAUGGUGUGAGGAGUUUGCCACAAAGCUGGACAAGGUACAGCUGGUCCUGAAUAGAGCUGAGCAAAUGCUGCAAAACUUUUCCAUUCCAAUUGGCUUUGAUUGUAUUGGCAUCUUUCUCAUGAUUGCUCCUGGUGUACUCAGUGUCACGGAGUCACCGGGCGAUGCUCUGGAACUGCUCCCCACCAAGCCAGCCAGGACUUUGGGG